UAAACCAAAUUUUAAUGGAAAACAGGGGCACAUGAAAUUUUAAAGUCACUCACUCCUAUACAAAUAAUUUACUAAACAAAUGGGUCUUAUUGGGGCUGCUUUCUUUUUUUAAUAGUGUCAUAGUGACAACUUGAAAUUAGAAUAGGUUAAAAAGGCAAAAAAAUGUUAAAAAGUUCAAAAUUAAAUGUUAUUAUUCUCGAAGAACAUUACACAAAUUAAACAAUUAAAAUUAACCACUUAAGACUAAUCACAAAUACUAAAUGGGUAAAAGUAUGGGAUUUGGAUUUUUUGUGGUGAUGGUAUUUUCAUCCAUAGUGGUGGUAAAAAUAGUGGCUGGUACCCUAGUUUGUCUAUUAAAAACGCUUCUGGUGUUGUCUUUGCUAACGUACGCUGCCACUUACUUUAUAAACAGAACGUUUUAUAAAACUUUUAAGGGAAACGAAGAAGACGUACAGGUCGAUGUACAUCAAAUGUUACUAGAUUUGCCCACAAGAACUCGCGAAUGGUACGAACUUGCUUCCACUUACAUGUUGUUCGUUCAGAAUAUUGCCACAAAUUAUUUUCCGGAAUACAUUCGAGUUAUUCAAAGGAGAAGAAGCGAGAAUGUCCCAGAAGAACUGUACACUAACUUAUUAGAAGAGGAAGAAGAGCAGCAAGAGGAAAUAUCGCUUUAUGAUUAAUUUUGUAUAUUUUG